AUGGUCAACAACGACAAGCCCAUCAGCGGCACCGCGGGUGAGAGCAGUACAGCAUUCCUUCUGCGGAAUCAGAAACCGCUUCAUAGCUCGUCUAAGAACCUGCUUUAG